AAAUGCAAUCAAAAUAAUGCAUUGAUUAAUAAAAAGUGUUACGUUUCAAAUAUUGAAACAAGUGUUGCCUGCUGAUGUCAAAUUGCGAUUUAAGUGGAAUUUAGCACGCUGAUACAUACAACGAAAGCCAAAACGAGAUUUUUUGCAAGCCGCAAUUUGUGUGUGUGAGUCGCUGUGUGCGUAGUAGUAGGUUGUAUACAUACAUACAUAUGUACGAUGUGCUCUUGUUGUGUCGUUGUUUGAGUUUGUUUUGCAACAACAAAAACACAAUUGUAAGCACCUUAAAAGUGGAAGCGGUAUUUCUACGCAUUUGGCACUUUAAAUUAGCAAAUAUUUAGUGUUGCCGCAUAAAAUUAACCUGCAGUUUGUUUUCGUUUUGUAGUGCACACUGUUUUUGCAAGUGUAUGUGCAAGUGUGGGUGUAUGUAUGUAAGCGUAAGAGAGCGAAACAUAUAAAAUUGAAAUAUUUUCGCCUCGUUUGUAUGUGAUUUCUAAUAACAAUGCCCAACAUCAAGUGAAAGUGUUACAACUAACAUCAUUUAAUGUUAAAAUAAAAACUGCAAAAAAUUAAUAAGAAAACCAACAACAACUGUACACAUUGCACAAACUGUGGAUUACACUGCACAACCAGGAAUUAAUACUCGCUAGUUGCAACUGUUGCAAAUAUAAAGCGAACCUAAAUAUGCUGAUUUCACGCAGCCGCUCAAAGCAUUCGGCGAGUGGAUGACUUAAAUACACAUCAACCAUUAUAUUCAUACCCCAAUUCAUACAUGAGUUCAUGGCACACCUUCUCAUCGAGCAACAGCAGCUAACAAUGGAGCCGGUUAUUCAACAUCUGAGUUUAAAUUCAACCAUUUAAAGGAACCUGCACUUAAUCAAAAGUCUUAAGACUGAACAAUCUCACUCUGAACGUUGAGACUCUCAAGACUCCCUACUUCCUAACACUGAAAAGCAAUCCAAAAAAAAUAUGAACUCCGUCAUCUCAGCGUUUAAGACCAAGAAGAGCAAUACGACCGGCCCAACAGCUGUGGCAGCUACGUCCAAUGUUGCAACAACGGACGGUAAGCAAAACGGCGGCCUUGUUGGCCUAAGCAUAGCCAGCGUUGGAGGCGGCAUCAGAAAGAAGCCUGUGGCCCAAGACAACGGCUAUCAAUACCUGCGACAAAUACGUGAAAUUGAGACUGCCAACAAAAUGCUGUCACCGGUUGUAGCCGUUGCCGCCGAUGAUCUCCACAUGCGCAGCAGCAAUUCGUUCUUGGAGAGCAGCGAUAAGUUGCACUUCCGUCCAGCGGUGGAUGCAGCUGCCGCAAGCGCUGAUGUAGUCGAUCAUUGUGCACCCGCUAAGGUCCGUUUGUCCAGUGCCGAUGCACCGCAAUCUGAUCACAAUAUGAACGGCAAGAUGAACGGAUUAACCAGCAGUAGUUCCAAUAUGUUGAUGGCUGAAAAUGGCAACAUGGACAUCUACGCAUUGCCUUGCGACCUACAUAGUCCAACGUCGCCGGAUGAAGAUGACAAUUCGGAUCAUUCGACGGCCGCUUGCAACAGCACAAGCAGCUCCAGCGAACACAGCAACAGUACCGUGGUGCACAGUCCGACGGUGGUGGGCGCCAACCCACAGACCAGCUCCAGUUGCAGUCCCAAUCCUGUCAAGGAUUCUAGCGUAUCUUUGACCAGCACAUCAUCGACCAAUUGUGAGCCACACUCAACGUCAACCACAACGCUGUCGUCCCUUCACUUGGAGGAGCCACUCGCUGAGUGCACCACAAAUAGUGAAAAUGACUGCCAGCCGUCGCUUGCAUCGCCCGUGUUGACAAAAGGUCAUGACGAUUAUGUGCCUGCGUUCCUUAAAGCACCGCCCGUUACAUUGCCCCUCAGCAUUCAAAACUGCAGCAUUGGCAUUGGCAACAAGUGUAGCCUCUCCACAACUUCAACGCCAACCAUCAGCUCGGCGGCCAACACGCCCAAGCACGUGCGCUACACGAAACCUCGCCUUAGCCUCAGCCGUGGAUUCAAUCAAUCCAUGCCCUCCGUGCAUGGUCGCCCGAAUUUAAGCGUGAUGCCAACUGGCGUUGGACUAACUGGAGCCCAGACGGGCGGUAUACCACCAAAACGCAUUUCAACUCACCAAAGAAACUUGAGCUUAGAUUUCAGAUCAAUGGGCAUUAUGCUGCCGCCCGUUUCUCAAGUGACCAACACUCGUAUCAAUCACACCCAACAUCAUCGCAAUCGAAGUCUGGACAGCGCCCUGCAGCGCAUUCCCGAGGUCGAGAUUUCCUCGCCCAAUGCCGAGAGUGAGACCACAUUUUGCUCACCAUCAACAAUACUCAGCACCAAUAUGUGUUCGAGAAUUGCAACAACUGCGGCCAGUGUAACGGCCGCACUUGCCACAUCCCCGCCAAUGCCAGCCCUUACUGCUGCACACAAUAAUAAUUCAGUGCCGGGCUCUGGAACCGUUGCCAAUGUCACGGUAGCAACGGAUCCACCAACAACUGCAGUCACACUCCACGUGCAAAGGAACCACUAUAAUCCCAAUGGAGUUAUUGAGUCCUGUCCAACAUUACGUACACGACCCAAGUCAAACGAGCCGGUGACGACGGCUGCCCAGGAUACGGUCGAUGGCAAUGCUGGCAGCAGCAACAGCUGCAGCAGAACAGGCAGCUACAAGAAACGUGAGGAUCUAACUAGCCUUGGAUCUGAUGAUUCCGGCAUCAUAUGUGGAUCGGAGUCGGACCAAAUAUCUCUGAAUCGCAUAUGCCACUCACAUGAAUCGCUCGAUUCGGGUGAAAUGGAUGCUGAUGCCGACGCGGAUGGCGAGGCGGAAUGCAUCGAUAUGUUGGAAACAACAUCCAUGGACGAAGAAUACAAUAUAAUGGAACCGGAUCUAUAUUUCUUUCCGUCGCAUGCCGCCAACGAAUUCGACUGCCGUACACUGCGACCCUCGCGUAAGCAAAAGCAACAAAAACGGGAACAAGCCAAGCUAGCGGCAGCACAGCAGCAACAGCUGGAGGAUCAGGAAGAACACGAUGGGGAUGAUAGGAUGCGUUAUCGCGUAAUGAACAUGUCACAGGCUGCUAUUAACACUGAGCUCGGCAUGGCGCCCAGCGCGCCGCUGAUAGACGAGAAUGAGGGGGAGAACGAGCCGUUGCCCACAACACAGAUCAUGCCCAAUAACAGUAUGGCGCCAGCAGCAAAUACGCCCACAAUGACACCGGCUGGCACACCCACACCCAUUGCCACGCCCACUGAGAGUAGCAAGAACGAUCAAGUGCUAUUUAAGAACUUUUUCGGCGCCACGAAAAACGCUAUUUUCCGCACGGCGCAAAGCAUCAUUGAGAACCAUGAGAAAAAGAAUGCGGCCAAGCAGAAAACUGGCGAAUUACAGGACAUAUUAAAGGGGAAAUCUUUGGCGAACACCGCGCCAAGCAGUACAGACCAAAUGUCGCAGGAUCUGGUAAAAUCGCCCACGGAUAUUUCCAAAAAGAAAGAGUUUUUUAGCCUUCGCAGCUCCAACUCCAGCAAGAAAGCUGCUGCUGCUGCUGCCGCAGCUGUUGCUAACACAACAACACCCACCACAGAAGCGCCGAUCGACGCCACUAAAGUUGUGUCCACGUGGGAUACUGGUAUGGAUGUAAAGAUUAAGGAGCGCACGCUUAGCCUGCGGCUACCGGGAGUAGACACUGGUGAUGCCAGUCACGAUGCGACGCUACCGAAGAGCUCCUCCAUUAGCUCGCUGCACCAACUGAAAAUGCCAGUGCCGGGCGUGGUAAAAUAUUUCAUCAGCGACCGGGCUCCGACAACAGGUCCGCUGCAGAACUCGGAGCGUGGUCCCAGUGGCCUGUUGCGGUUUUUUGAAUCGCCCGUAUUCAAUAUUCACUUUGCUGUGCAUUAUUUGUUUUACUCGAAGGAGCCGGGUGUGUUGAGUUUCAUUGGGAAUAAGAUCUUCAGCUUUGCGGACCAAGAAGUGGAUCUCUAUAUACCACAGCUGAUAUUAAUGUAUAUUCAAAUGGAUGAACUAGCCGAAGUGCUGGAUCCCUAUCUUACCAUUCGCUGUCGCAAGUCCGUGGACUUCUCCCUCAAGUGCCUGUGGCUAUUGGAGGCGUACAACUAUCAGGUGGAUUCGCUGGGCAAUGGCAGCAACAGCCGUAAGUCCAAGCUCGCGCUCAUGAAAGAGAUAUUUCCCAAGAAGGAGAACAAGCAGCAAACUAAGCCUGAUGAUGGCCAAGGUCCAUCUACAGCGCUCGUCAAGAAAACCCAUCACCGCUCCCAAUCUGAUGCCACAGUGCUGCUCGCCGACUCCCGCAGCCCACACACGCUCAGCAUAACGCAUCGGAUGUACCAGCAGCCGCCGUACACCACACAAACGAUGCCCACAACAACCGCUAAACUGUUUCUCGGCGAUCUGAGUUCGGGUCUUGCCUUCGAUAAUGGGUGCACCUGCUUUGAGACGGUGCGUGGACAGGUGAAUGGUCUUCUGGGACAGCGUACGCUAUGCAAUUGCGGCGCACCAAAGACAGCGCCGCAGAAAGAAUUCAUGAAGGCGCUUAUGAAUGUGGGCAAGAAUUUGAUCUCGUUACCCUCAAAGGCAGAGAAGACUUCGGCACUGCGCAUGUUUCUAAAUCUGAUCAAUAAAAAUUUGCCCGCUCGUGUCUGGCUGCCGCUCUACUCGGAUAUUCCGCAUCACGUGGUGCGCAUCACAGAGGAGAAGACUGCUGUGCUCAACUCCAAGGACAAAACCCCGUACAUCAUCUAUGUAGAGGUGGUGGAAGUGCCAGAUAUUUACACAUCGACGCUAAUUCCUAAAAUGAUGCCAUCGCUGCGACACACAAAAAGCGAGGAGCACUUAGAGGGAGCCUGCCUGAAUACACAUCAGAGCUGCAGCCGCACUUCCAGCUGUAGUAGCACUCAUCAUGGAUCUAGCUGCCGCCGUAAAAAGGAUACUGAAUUGCAUGCGGAGGGUGGCUGUGGCGAGCCGGGCACCUAUAAUUGCUGCAAUGGCAACAACAGCCAUCAUCUGCUAUCAUUGGGCGGGCUACAGCUAAAUGAGGAUGAUGUCUGGUCGCAGGAGGAUGACCAGAUCACGGCGCAGUACUUGUAUAUGCGCAAGAUCAGCGAAAGGGACGCCAUUUCACAGAUGUCAAUGGACUCAUGCGACUCCAGAGAUCAGGGUCAACCAAUUGUCUUCAAUAUUGGUGAUGUGCGCACGCGACACUGCAACAAUUUGAACUGCGAGAAUACAAAAUCCUUCAGCAAUGAUCCAGAGGAUCCAUCGGCGGCAGCUCUAAAGGAGCCCUGGCAUGAAAAGGAGAAACUCAUUCGCGAAUCCUCGCCCUAUGGCCAUUUAUCAAACUGGCGCUUGUUGUCGGCCAUUGUCAAAUGUGGAGAUGAUUUGCGGCAAGAACUGAUGGCCACGCAGCUAUUGCAGAUGUUUAAGAUUAUUUGGGAGGAAGAGCAUGUGGAUUUGUGGGUUCGGCCAUAUAAGAUAAUCUGCCUGUCGAAUGACAGUGGUCUGAUUGAGCCUAUACUGAACACCGUUUCGCUGCACCAAAUCAAAAAGAACUCAAACAAAUCUUUGCGAGAUUACUUUAUUGACGAAUAUGGAGCACCAACAGGCGACAGUUUUCGUCAAGCCCAAAAGAAUUUCGUGCAGAGUUGUGCGGCAUAUUGUCUGAUUUCCUAUCUGCUUCAGGUUAAGGAUAGGCAUAAUGGCAACAUACUCUUUCAUUCGGAUGGUCAUAUAAUACACAUAGACUUCGGCUUCAUUCUAAGCAUAUCUCCCAAAAAUUUGGGUUUCGAGCAAUCACCCUUUAAGCUUACACAUGAAUUUGUCGAUGUUAUGGGCGGAACCGGAUCCGUGCAUUGGCGGGAAUUUAAUCGUCUGCUUCUCGUCGGCAUGAUGUCUGCACGCAAGCAUAUGGAUCGUAUUAUAAACUUUGUGGAAAUCAUGCGCAGUAAUGCACAAUUGCCGUGCUUUAAGAAUGGCUGUUCCGGCACAGUACAGAAUCUCCGAAAACGCUUUCACAUGAAUUUAACUGAACAGGAAAUGGAACGCAAGGUGGAACAGCUUGUACAGGACUCACUGAAGAGCCUAUCAACCAAACUGUACGAUGGCUAUCAAUAUUAUACGAAUGGCAUUUUGUGAGAACGGUUUUUUAUGAAAAUCUAAAAUGCCGAUCUGAUAAACCAAAAGAGUAUGUUUAAAGAAAAAUUUUAUAUAUAUGUAUAUAAAACGAAAUCAAAACAAUAACUGUUAUUGUAGCCAGAAUCGUUCAUUAUGCGUUGUGGCAAUGUUAUUAUUCUAUUAUAUUAUGUUAGGCCAAAGUGAAUGUUGUCUAGCUUUUAAGUAAAAGUGUAAAUGCCUUUGACUGUAUUUGUCUGUCUGUCUUGUCUCGGUCUUGUAUUGCAUUUCAUUACGCAAACAUAAUAAUCAUCGACUUGUACAUAUAUAUAAGAACUUAUGACUGUAAUUAGAAAAUAUCGCUAAGUCGUCACGCAUAUUCAUUUUAUAAGAAAUUAUUGCAUAAGCUAAACAUUUAUCAUUAAUUCACUCAGCUAUUCACAAAACUAAAUGCAAAACAAAUUUACUAUUCGCAUGUCUGAACGAUUAAAAUUGAAAUUCCAACAUUUAUAGGGUUUUUUAUUAAUUACUAAAGCAACUAAAAUACUUUCCAACAAUACAGACUCAUAUUUAUUUAUAAAAUGCCAAUAAUCAUAUUGAUCAGAUAUGCAGCAAAUAUGAAUAUACGUAGAUAUGGGAAUUACAUUAAAAUAUCUGUUCGCUUUCGCCCUCCAAAGUCCUCAUAUAUGUAUAUGUACGGAUAUAUACUUAUAUAAAUAUAUUCCUAUAUUUAUAUAGCCAAACAUUUUUCUUACUUUAUAGUAACUAAGCUAUCAAAAUACUGGCAAAAAUCAAAUUAAAUUCAAAUGAACAUAAACUAAUAGCUAGACACUUGAAGUGUUAAUUUCAAUCAAAAAGUACUCGUAUGUACGGCUUAAACAUAAAACAAAUGAUGUGUAUGAUAAUUAUAAUUACCUAAAAGUAAUUUAGCUAAAAAUAUUAUAAAAUAAAGGUUGCAUUUUUCUACAGUUAAUUUAAUAAACUCGAUCGACAAGAUAUUUAAUAACUGUGAUCGCUUGCAAAUUAUAAUGAUUCGCAAAUUAUAACGCUUUAGGUUGAUUUUAGUUUGCUUCAUUAUUCAUUUGGGAGUCCUAUGUUUAUGCGAAAAAGCAUAAAUUAAAAUUACUAAAAUACUCAAUUUGAAAAGUGUUUAAAAUAAUCAAAACCACAAUAGGAAUUCGAAUUUUAGUUUAAAAUACGUUCUUUGAAUUAAAAUACGCAGCUGUAAUUUCGAGAUGUUAUAAUUUCUAAGCGACCACUGCACUGAAUAUAAAAAUCAUUUAAAAUUUCCAAAUUACAUUA